AUGAAGAACCGCUUCAAUAUUGUUCUCACUGAGAAGUCAUUCAUUUUCAAGAGUGAGCCAAUAACAAACUGCUACCAUUAUGCAUUUAAAAGUAUUAAUGCAGUUCUACGUGGCUUAGCUCAUCCAAUGUCUUAUAUUUAUGUUUACGGAGCCCUUGUAGGUGUUGGCGAGCUUGAAUUUCGGGAAUUACAUGGAGGUGGAGAGUGGGCUAGCGAUAUGGAUGAACGAAUAGUCUUCACUCUAAUUAACCCAGAGCUUCCAGCCAUUGCAUUUUGA